GUUCGUGUUGCUGCUGUAAUGUCAGUAGCAUGGGCUCCCAGUACACUCGAAAUGUAUGGGGCUGGUUUGUUACUCUUUCAUGCCAUCUGCAAUGCCCGAUCAAUUCCAGAACCGAGCCGAGCACCUGCAUCCAGCGAGCUUCUUUGUGUUUUCCUGGCCAAACUCCCAGGCUCGUACUCCAUCAGUGCGCUCACAAACUACUUGGCCGGAAUUCAAGCCUGGCACCAUCUAUACUGGCUACCAUGGCACUUGGACAGCACGCAACAACAGCUCAUGGUACGCGGUGCUGCUGCAAUGCUGUUCCGUUUGGACGUGGAACAGCCACCUUCGCUACGCAUCACCCGGGCGAAGCGACCACCCCUCACUAUUGCCAUCCUCUCUCGUGUGCGAACACAUCUUGACCUAUCUGUCUCACUUGAUGCAGCAGUAUAUGCUUGUGCGACCGCAUUGCUGCAUGGCAUUGCACGAUCAGGUGAGUUCACAGUGACCAAGUUAUCAGCAUUUAAUCCGCAGCUUUAUGUGACCAUAUCUAAUGUCAGACGGGGCGUCACUGACCAAGACAGCAACUCUGUGACUAUCAUACAUUUGCCGCGCACGAAAUCAGCCCCCAAUGGCAAGGACGUGUAUUGGGGCAAACAACUGGAUGAUACUGAUCCUGAUGAUGCCCUGGCCAAUCACGAAGCAGUGAACUGCCCGCAGCCAAAUGAACACCCGUUCACAUAUGAGGUGCUCAACAGAUCGGGGUGCAUUAAUUGUCGUCUGCUCACUGAAGAUGCCUUCAUACGACGGUUCCAAGCAGCAUCAAAAGGCGCUGGGAUCACGGACAACUACUCGAAUCACUGCUUUCGCAUUGGUGGUACCUUGGAGUAUCUUCUGCAGAGCCUGCCCUUUGAGGUUGUCAAAGUGAAGGGCAGGUGGCUAAGUGAUGCAUUUUGUCUUUAU